AUGUUAGCAGAUUUGUUAAAGGAAAUCAAGGCAACAAAAGUGAAUGAAGAAAUAUUCCGCAAAUCAUUAGAGAAAGAUUUACAAGAAACUAGAGAUAGGGAAGAAAUAUUCCGCAAAUCAUUAGAGAAAGGUUUACAAGAAACUAGAGAAUCAUUAAAGAAAGAUUUACAAGAAACUAGAGAAAGGGAAGAAAUAUUCUGCAAAUCAUUAGAGAAAGGUUUACAAGAAACUAGAGAAUCAUUAAAGAAAGAUUUACAAGAAAUUAGAGAAAGGGAAAAAAUAUUCCGCAAAUCAUUAAAGGAAGAUUUACAAGAAACCAAAGAAAGCUUAGAAAAGUCAUUUAAGGAAACUAUAGCACCAGAGAUCAAAACAUCGCAAAUGAAGAUAGAAUAUAAUCUGAAGAAGAAAAUGCAGGAAUUACAACAACGACUGAAGAGGGACAUCAACGAGAGAGAGAGAGUAAGCUACAGAAGAGCAUAG